AUGAAGGUUUGUGCGGGACAAUAUAUAUAUUUGUGGAUGCUCUCUGCAAGCUGGUGGUCCUGGGCGCAGAGCCAUCCCUUCACAAUAGUAUCUUGGUCGAAGGGUGAGCAGGAUGUGCUGGAUCUUAUCGUUCAGCCUCGCCGCGGAUUAACGGCCGACCUACUUCGCCUAGCCGAGUCAAGCCCCGAAUCCUCGUUAUCGUCCCCAGCGUUCAUCAGCGGGCCGCACGGCGUCCGCAAGUCGGUAGGGAAGUAUGAGACUGUUCUGCUAGUGGCAAGUGGGCCUGGAAUCAUAGCUGUGAUCCCACAUGUGAAACAGCUGAUCCACGGCUACAACACCAAAAGUUCUCGGACCCGCCGGGUACAUUUUGUUUGGCAGUUGCGCAAUUUGGACAUUGCGGUUGCGAUGCAACAGUGGCUCAACGAUUUAUUGGCAGAAGAUGUCUUAGGCGAUGGCUACAUCCUCACUAUGUCCAUCUACCUGGAGGCCGGCAGGAUGGCGGAAUACAGGCUACUAUUCGGGAAUCAUGAGCGCGCGGUUGUUUACAGCGGCCCGGCAAACUUCCGGAGGAUCAUCCAGGAGGAGGUGUCUGGCCAGUACAUACUGCGGCUUCCUGGCGUUGAGGAUGAGCGUGGUGACAUGCUAGUUAUAGCUUCGGUUUCCAACGACUUGCGUGACGAGUUGAUGAGUAUCGCCCACGGCUACUUGCACGAGAAAGUGAGAAUGCUACGACUUGAAUUUCAACCAGAGUAG